AUGGAUCUGCCGGUGAUGAUGAACGGAGGUGUUUUCCGGUCAAUUUUGGAGAUGGCGUUGUCGAUUUCUAUGGGUUUUUUUCCCUCUUUCCCUAAUCACGUCGUAGCCGUGAAUCACACACCGCUAGGCAGUGAUUCUACGGGGAAAAAUCACCUAGGUUCUCAGGGUGUUAAGUUAGGUCGCCUAAAAUGGGUAGAGUAUCUGAAAGAGGUAACAAAGCCAUUUCUUGACUGGAAUGUUCUUCUACAUGAUUUGUUUAAGAGAUUAUUCAGGCAAGAUCUUUUGGUUGUGAGUUUGUUUCGGAACUUUUUACUUGCAGAGAGAAUUAUGCGUUCUGCAAAUUGUUCUCCUGUAUCUUAUCCGAUGUUGCCUCCAACUCAUCAACACCAUAUGUGGGAUGCAUGGGAUAUUGUUGCUGAAAUCUGCCUUUCUCAACUUCCAACAUUGCUCGAGGAUCCCAAUGCAGAAUUCUAG